AUGCUUCCCAAAAAGGCUCGUCCCCCAAGCUCUCAAAGUAUAAAUUCAAAUAAGUCAAAUUGUGAAUCAAAAGCUGAAGGGUUUUCACUGUUUGAUAACGAAACAGAACGUGCCAGAAGAGCAUUUAUCAAUGAUGGUUCCUCACAAUCAGGAUGUGAUCUAUUCCCAAAAAUGGGUGACAGAUUACAAGGCAACCCAGAAGAUGAAAAUACAAAUAUACUUGAAGAAAAUAGCAAAUAUGAAUCUAAUCAAUUUAUUAAAACCAAUGCAGCGUCAAAUUGUUCUGGAAGCAAUAUAAAGGAUCUUGCUGAUGGUAAUAUCAAUGCUGAUCAUAGUGCCUCGUCAUUUGUUCAGUCUACAAUUAUUGAUGGAAGCGAUGAUAAUGAUGAUAAUCUGGAUACAUCUAUUCUUAAUCGGAUUUUGGAUACCGUCUCUGCAGAGAAGAUAGAUGAUUCUGGGAGGUCUCGCUUUUUCUUUAGAAAUUUGUACGAAAAAUACAAGGGUGAAAGCAUUCGUUAUAGAGAUCAUGAUGACAAAAACCUUGGUAAUCAGCCAAGUGACUUUGAGAUCUAUAAUAAUGAAGUUGCCCAGGAAGAAAAAAUCAGAAAAAGACUUUGUACAAUGAAGGCUGAACGAUAUAGUACGCCCAAUCAUGCGCAUUAUCUUCCGAUUCUUAAUAUUGGCGAUUUGGAUAGUGGAUUCAUCAAAGCUGUUGAUACAUCUAUUGAUAAGCCUUUGAGGGCUAAGAUGAAUCAGCGAUCAUCGCACUGGUAUAAUAGGCUGUUUAGUAAAGCAAAUUCUGUAUCCGGAAAGCCAAGCAAUGUUGGUAGCUGCAGUCCAGAUAAUUUUACCAAAUACUCUGGAGAACAAAGCUCACUCAAGAACAUGCUAGUUGAUAGUGGAACUCUAAAGAGUUCAAUGAGAAAUAAUAACUUGUCCCCUCUUGAGAUGCAUUCAUAUGAUCUUGUGAAUGAUUUCUCCGAGAAAAGAUUAGCUGAUGAUCGUACCACUUUUGCUCUUGAAAGCAAUGAAGAGAGUGAGAAUAUUUCUAGUAUCGGCUUUAUUGUUAGUAAUGAGGAAGAAGUAGACUAUAACUUUAAUGUUAUUGGUGAAAGAGGUGGUUCAAAUAAGUACUCCGAUUUACCUGAAGGAAGGAAAUCUGCUGGUUCAUGGUUCAAUUUUCGACAGUAUUUCCCUCAUCACAGAACGAAACUUUGUACCAUUUUCAAAAGUCUUAAUCCAUUUAAUAAGGUUCGUGAGCAGAUGAACCAUCAUUACCAGAUUCAAAGAAAACUUAAGUUACGUCAUUUGCAUCAGAUUGCAUUGGGUGGAACAUUGGGUGUUGGAUUAUUACUUUCCUCAGGAAAGGCCUUUUCUAUUGCAGGUCCGUUGGGUUGUCUUCUUGGUUUUAUCAUUGCUGGAAUAAUUGUUUUAUCCACCAUGUUAUCAUUUUGUGAAAUGGUUACUCUCAUACCACUUUGCGGUGGUGUCUCUGGUGUGUCCGCAAGGUUUGUUGAUGAUGCCUUUGGAUUUGCCCUUGGUGUUAGUUAUUGGUUCAGCUAUAUGAUUGGAAUGCCCACAGAAAUAACUGCUGCAUCCAUCAUGUUAAGUUUUUACUCAAAUUUAAACAUUCCAGGGCCGCAAACGGCAGCCUGGAUAUCGCUUUUUCUAAUUUUCGCUACAUUUGUGAAUUUAUGCGACAUCAAAGUCUAUGGGGAAUUUGAGUAUUACUCAACCGUGAUAAAGUUGUUGUUUAUUUUAGCAUUAAUGAUAUAUAUGGUUGUUCUUAACUGUGGUGGUUCUUCUCCAUUUCACAAAAAGAUCGGCUUUCAUUACUGGAACAGUGCAGAUUCGGAUUUAAGCCACUUCAUAACUUUUGGUCCUUUCCGGCCCACGUUUGAUGUUAAUGACAACGGGUUAGGUUCAUUGGAUGGAAUUGGUGGUGCUAAAGGAAGAUUGUGUCAAGUCAUAAUUGCGACGGCUGUGGCGGCAUAUGCCUAUGUUGGUACUGAAAUUGUUAUCAUUGCUGGAAGUGAGGCAAGAAAUCCUAGAAGAGCAAUUCCAAGUGCUACUCGAAAUAUCUACUGGCGUAUUCUCUUCUUCUAUAUUCUGUCCAUAUUUGUUGUGGGAUUGAACAUUUACAGUGGCGAUCCACGUCUUCUUCGAUACUUUAGUGGAGGUAGUUAUAAAGCCAAUGAGAGUCUACAAAAUUAUGUGAUAGAUAAUGUUGGAGGCAAUGUUUGCACAACGCAUUUGCUAACGUGGGCUGGCUUUUCCAACGGUAACCAGUCGCCAUUCAUAAUUGCGAUACAAAGUGCAGGUAUGUGUACUUUUGCGGCGGUUGCUAACGCGUUUCUUCUCUACUUUGCAGUUACUGCUGCAACUUCGCAGCUUUAUGCUUCAUCAAGAACGUUAUACUUCAUGUCAAUUCAAGGUAAGGCUCCUAAAAUAUUUUCGGUCUGUACAAAGAAUGGGGUUCCUUAUGCAAGUGUUCUUUUCACAGCAUUAUUUGGUUCACUUGCAUAUCUAUCUGUCAACCAUAAUACCGCUUUAGUUUUUGAGAGAUUAUUGAGCAUCUGUUCAUCUACUGGAUUGUUGGUUUGGUCUGGGAUGUGCCUAUCGUUUAUUAGAUUCUUUUAUGGGCUCAGUCUACGCCCAGAUAUAAUCAACAGGGAUGAUGAGAAUUAUCCGUAUAAAUCACCAUUACAACCAUAUUUGGCAUACUUUGGAAUGAUAGCUGGAUUUUCGAUCGUUAUUUUGUCUGGAUUUUUGGUGUUUCUAAGGGGAAGUUGGUCCUCUGCAAAUUUUAUUUCCAGUUACGGCUCUUUGUUCCUUUUCAUACUUUGCUAUGUUGUAUACAAGGUGUUCAGAAGGACAAAAAUUCAUAGGUUAGACCAACUAGAUCUUGACUCUGGUAGAAGAGAGAUAGACCGUAUUAUCUGGGAGGACGAACAAAAUUACGUCAGCAACUUCAAGGAAAUUAUUCAUAAAGGUAUCGAUUUGUUGCUUUAG